GCUGACCCGAAGACCUGUAUGAAGUGAUUGCACAAGAAGAGGAGGGAGAAGCUGGCAGCUUUCUGAAUGAGCUGCACACAGACCCGAGGCUUCUUCAGAGACCCAAGAUGACUUCCUGUGAGACAUGCUUUCUGGAGGAAUUCUGAUGAAGACAGAGCGCUGCAGCCUCUAAUUGGGACAGCUCCUGCUGGUCUGGAGCUGAGACUUACUUUUCUCCCUUCUUUUUCCCUUGGAGAUGUUGCAGAGAUAUAACCUGUCUUCUUCCUCCCCACCUGAAGCCUGCCGUGGCAAUGAUCCCACAGCCAGACCCGACCACCAAAGAGAAGAGGAUUGUGCAUUUGAAGCUGGGCCGUCAUUGUAACUGAACUGGAAUUUACUCCCUGCUUACGCUCCUGGAACGACUGCCGGCCGUUCCCCUGUUUGUCCGUGUGUGUUUUGAGCUGCUCCUCCCUAAUCUUGUUUGGAAUUCCUGGGCUUUCCACGCUGAAUCUGCCCAUGGCUUUCCUGAUGAAGAAAAAGAAAUUCAAAUUUCAGACAAGCUUCACUCUAGAAGAGCUGACGGCUGUCCCCUUUGUGAAUGGGGUUCUGUUCUGCAAAAUCAGGCUGCUGGACGGAGGAGACUUUGCUAGCUUAUCUAGCAGAGAAGAAGUUCAGGAAAACUGUGUCCGCUGGAAGAAGAAAUUCACCUUCGUGUGUAAAAUUAGUGCCAACCCAGCCACAGGACUCCUGGACCCCUGCAUCUGCCGAGUAUCUGUCCGUAAGGAGUUGAAGGGCGGAAAAACCUACUCCAAGCUGGGCUUUGCUGAUCUAAAUCUGGCAGAAUUUGCGGGCUCCGGAUCCACUGUCCGUUGCUGCUUACUGGAAGGAUAUGAUACUAAGAACACCCGACAGGACAACUCCAUCCUAAAGGUCACGAUCGGGAUGUCCCUGCUCUCAGGGGACCCCUGCUUCAAAACGCCUCCUUCCACUGCUAAAUCCAUCACCAUACCCGGACAGGACUCCACCCUGCAGCUGACCUGUAAGGGUGAGGGAACCACAAGCAGCAACAGCAGUUCAGCCACUAUUGGCUCUCUCCGUCAGACCAAGCCAAGACCUACCAUUCUCAGCUCGGGUGUCCCGGAAGAACCAGAUCAGAAUCUGUCCAGUCCAGAGGAAGUCUUCCACUCGGGGCACUCACGAAACUCUAGCUAUGCCAGCCAGCAGUCCAAAAUCUCUGGUUACAGCACGGAGCACUCCCGUUCUUCCAGUAUGUCUGACUUGACCCAUCGCCGGAAUACCUCCACCAGCAGCAGUGCAUCUGGAGGGCUCAGUAUGACAGUGGAGUGUCCCGAGGGAGAGCGGGAUCACAAACUAGAGAAGCCACCUCGGCCCCCCAGACCAGCCCUUCUGCUGGAUAGACCCUCCCGGAGGAAAAAGGAUUCAGUGGAGAGUCACCCAACCAGAGUGGAUGACACCAGGAUCGAUGCUGAUGAUAUAGUGGAGAAAAUAAUGCAGAGUCAGGACUUCACAGAUGUCAGCAAUACUGAAGACAGCAACCUGAGACUGUUUGUGAGCAGAGAUGGAACAACUACAUUGAGCGGCAUUCAGCUGGGAAACAGGGUCUCCUCUGGAGUUUACGAGCCAGUGGUGAUUGAAACCCACUAAAUGUGAAGAACAGGGUAGAGCUGCUGGAAACGGACCCCCUACCCAGUCCGCUGCCACAUGGAUGCCAAUCUUUACCUCUCUUCAUGCAGCAUUCCAGAAGGGAUUUCUCCACACCCCUCCCCAUAGGUUUGCACUGCAGAACUACUCCGAGACCACUCCAAAUCAUGCACUUUCCUUGUGUUGACAUUACCUUCCUCCACUUCCCAGUUCUUCCAGUGCCUGCUCUCCCCGUGUUCCUGAUGAGAUUCAAGGUGUCUGUUGGGGCUGUCCUUACUCCUAGAGGAUUUUGCUCUUUUGCAGUCCCUCACGCCACACGUUCAUUCACAACAGGGGACUUCUCAGCUUCUGUCUCCCCAAACCAUUGGGUUAUACCACUGUGAACUCUUGAAACCACUGGGGGAGGAGGGAAUCAUUCUAACCAAACUGAGCGCUGCCUUUUUGGUGACAUGAUGAUGAUAGCUACUUGCAGGAUGCUUUAUUCCACUGACUCUGCAAGGGAACAUCACCUUCCCAGGCAACAGUUUUACUGAGCAAAGUAUGCUAUGGUGUGCACUUCACCUUCCUACCCCUCAAAUCCCCAAACAUCCUCUUCUCAUAGGAAAUAUCUCCCAAAAGUGCAUUUCCAAAAGCUACUGCACUCCAUAUGGGAGCUGAUAAAUGGUUAAAUGCUAGUGCUUGUUAUACCACUAACUGCAUUACUCCCUUCCACUGCUGGGCAUGGAAGGGCAGGGUUCAUCUAUGAGCACUUUAGAGGUUCCAGAUUUUACCUGGAGGAGGCUUGUACUUGCUGUGCCAGGAGCAUAAUCCAUGUUCCCUGGACUGACUCAGCAAAUAGUCACCGGUGAGGCUUGGAAUACAAAGCCUCUCUUUUUGGCUCAGGAAGGGAACUGCCUUUCUUGGACCAUGAAAAGAAUCUUGUUAUCUGAUAACCCUCUCCUGGGCCAGAGCAGGAUGCAGUUGACUGUAGUGGUCUCUUGUGAUGAUGAUUAACUUGUCUCUCUUGGUCUGGGCCAGUAAGGGAAUUGGUGUUGGUUGACCUUGCCUGCCCUAUCUGCAGGGAUCUAUGCCUGAGCUGGCUCCUUUCAGGGCUGGGGAGAAGCUCUGACGAGGGCAAGAUGAAGUCUCCGUCUUUGCCUUCAAAGGUAGAAUAGAUGUUUUCUGCCAUGUUUAACCACAGCAGCUGUUCUUACCUGCUCUGUGGCAAGUGAACUUUUCUGAUAAGGCUUCAAACUGUUUUCUGGUUGAUCUUUCGAUUGCUCUUCUUUCGUUUGAUUUCUGCAGUUGUCUGACACUUUAGCUGUCUCUUUUCCUUGCAGUGCGUGGCAGAGACUUCAGUCUUUCAGCUCCCACUUCUAGAUUCUCCUGGCAGCUGAACUGCAAAUGAGGAUCUAUGCAGACUCCAGCCAUGGGCUGUCAGCAGGCUGUGCUUGCAGCUCUUCCUGUACAGAGACUUUCAGCCUAUAAGCUAUUUCUGUGUAGUACCCUUUCCUCUUUGCUGUUGUACUGUGGUAGCACUCAGCAGCCAUGCACUUUGAAUGGUGGCACGCUCCGAAGCAUGGCGAGGAAUGUGCCCUCCUCUAACACACACACGUGCGUGCACACACGCAUGCACACGCUUGUCCCAUUCGGUAAGGAAAGACUUGUAACAGAUCACAUUGUUGUUCAAAUUCUAGUUACUGUAAAGGCUUUUUUUUUUUUUAAAGAAAAAAAUGGUUAAUUGUGGUCUUUGUGACCAGAAUGCAUGCAGAUGAGCUACUGGAAAAGGGAAUUUGGCAGAAGAUUAUAAGAAACCAGAAAUGAAAGCGCCUUGCUUUCUUGCCCUGCUCGCAUGGAGAUGGCUGCAUGCAGAGGGUGCUAGGCAGUGUGGCAAAGCUAUACAGCUGCUUACUCUGUUUUCAUGGUUUCUCUACUCAAGUCAGUAGGUUUGUUUUUGUAGCUGGACAGACCACAUAUAGGAUAUGAUUUUUUUUUCACCCCUUCUCCCUUUCUCUCCAAAGGGAAUUAAAUUUGGAUCAGGGCAAGAAGGGGUAUGACAACACCUUGGUUUGGUUUAAUGUAGGGAAGCGUUAUUGGAUCUUUUGAGUCUGUCUAAAACAAAAGCUCUUUCACGCUUGCUGGUGUAUUUAACGGUGAUUUCUUCAUUCAGUCUGGGUAGGUUUGGCACUCGCUAGCAGGCUGGUGAGUUCCCUGCUUGGUCUGGGUGAGACAUGCGCUGUUCUUGGGAUGCUGCGUGUUUGCAGGAGGGGGAGAACUGGUUGGCUUUUCUCUCUCCCUGGGCCUCUGCCAGAAAGCUAGGACUGACCUGACCCUCUGUUUAGGUCGGUGUGAGGGCAGCAGCAUGCUCAAACAGUAGCGUGUGCCGCUCUGACUGGAGAUAGCCAUAGCGGGAGCCGAGGGGCAGGCUGCUCGCAAGCACAGAGCACCUGCCACUGCCCGGGGGCCAGCGAAGCCCUUCUGGAAAUCAGGUCCAGCAUGCUGUCAGUGUGGCAACAGCAAAAAAAAAAAAAAAAAAGGCCUUGAAAGGGGCAAAAAUAUCCCAGGAAAGAGGCCAAAUCCAGCUCAGUUCUGCUGCUUUGCUUUUCUUCCCAUGAAAAACAAUGGUAGUUACUGUCAGAGCAAUUGGGAACCAAGGGCUCUUUUUGUGAGCUCCAACUGGCAGGAGUCUGCUGCUCUGAGACACUUGCUGCUAAGCACGUCAUAAAAUCCCCUGCGGGACAGAAGAAGGAAUCUCUUUCCAGUGAGGCAAGAGGGGAAGCAGUUGAGCUGUUCCGAAAGUUGGUCUUCAUCUUCCCCAGGCUGGUAGAGGCAUAUAACUUGCUCUAUCACAGCUGUGGCCAACCUGGACGUGCCUUUGGCUUCUCUUCCAGCAGCUUGGCACAUCACUGCUUGCGUUUCUGAUCACUGUCUCUCUUAGGGUAUCUCUUUCUUGUCUCGACGUCAUUAUUGGUUCCACAGAUCCUGGUCUGUAAGUAGCUUUUUAGCUCUCCUACCCCUCAUUUUGAAGAAGAAAGCGGCCCUAGUCGUUCAGCCUAGCGCAGCACAGCCGGGGCUGGAGUACCCCGAACAGACCGACCUGUGGAGAGAGGAAGGAGCAGUCUAUUUCUAUUUCUAGAUUGCACGCUGAGCUCCAGCUGCGCGUCCAUCGCGAGCGAUGCCCAGCAGUUCCCGGCCGGCGGCGGGGGCAGCUAGUGGUGCUGCAGGAGGCUGGCGCGGAACCGGGGCCGCUCGGCCAGCCGACUCGCUGCUCUCUCGGGAAGGUGCGCUCGCGAGCACUUUUUCCUUGUAGCAUUGCUGCCAUCUGUUCCUCGUUGGACUU